AUGCGAAAGUUGGAAUGGGACGACAUGGGAGUGAAGGUUGAUGGUCGGCAGCUACACCAUUUGCGCUUUGCUGAUGACAUCGUACUGAUAACAAUUUGUAUCAAACAAGCGGAACGAAUGCUGACUGAAUUCGACGAAGCAUGCGGAUGCAUCGUUCUUCGGCUGAAUCUGCAAAAGAACAUGUUCAUGCGGAACGGAUGGGUCUCGGAUGCCCCAUUCACGCUCAACGGAACGAACAUAUGGGAGUGCACCAGCUACGUUUAUCAGGGUCGGGGAUUGAACAUGAUGAACGACCUGACCCCCGAGCUGGGCAGGAGGACACAAGCAGCUUGGAAAGCGUAUAAGAGCAUCGAGGAUGUAGUGAAGAAGACCAGAAACAUCCGACUCAGUGCUCACCUCUUCAACACCACCGUACUUCCUGCUUCGACCUAUGCUUCGGAAGCCCCGGCAGAAAGAAAUCGCGGUAAGCGUCAUUGA